AUGGAGAAGGAGCAUACCAUUAUAUCUGGUCUUUCUGCUGAGCCCGAGCUCUGCCUUACAUCAAUAGAUGCUAUUGGCGUAACAGUGCAGGAGAUGCGUGCAAGUUUUGCGCAGGGAACCGACACGCGACAUCAAAACUCCAAGCUGCUGCUCGAUGCGCUCAGUAUGGACCUUGGGCGUCCUACUGUGGAAAGCGAGGUGUUCGAGAUUGCGCCUGUCGAAUACGAGAUUGGGCAGUUUUUGAACGAGCAGGCCGCGUUGUUUGAUGUGCUCGAUGAAGUUCGCAAAGUGCCGCACGGGACUGUAGCAAUUAUCGGCGCGUGGAACUACCCGAUACGACUGAUUUUGCUGCCGCUCAUCGGUGCCCUGGCUGCCGGUAAUACUAUUCUAGUAUCUGAGUGCUCGAUCCCGAUGCCGUGCGUGUGGUGCAAGUCGUUGUUCCACCACGACGUGGCAGAUCUCGGGGCUACUGCUACACGCAUCAUGUGGGCCAAGCUAGCAAACUCUGGCCAGACCUGUGUUGGGGUUGACUACCUGCUAGUUCACCGCUCAAUCAAGGACAAGCUGGCUGUGAACUUGAUCAACUCGCGCGACCAGCCCUUGGCGCUCUAUGCGUUCGGCAGCUCCAAGACCACAGAGUAUAUACAAAUCAACAAGGUCAAGCCCAACUCGAAUAGCGAAACCAAGCUGUUCAAGAACCUCGCUAUUAUCCUAAAUGACCGCACAGCACUGGAGGCAUUCCUGACGGAUCCCAAUUCCAACAGCUACCGCGCCGGGCUCGUUAGUUUGGCGCAGACCAUAAAGCAGUAUGCGUGGAGGGACCACUACGACCAGCAGCUCAUGUCAGACUUCCAGACCGUUGCGAAUCGGCUCAAGGAGUUGCUGGCCUGGUGA